UUAGGUUAGGUAGUUCUUGAAUCGAUGUGGAAAUAAGGACUGUAGACCUAAUCAAAGCAGUGGAACCGAUUGGAUUAAAAGUCAAUCAAGAAAAGACCAAAUAUCUAGUAGUAUCAAGAGAAGAGAUAGCUCUGGAUGUUAUGCUAGUGGAUGGAUAUGUUUUCCAACAAGUAACAGAUUUCAAGUAUCUAGGAACUAAUAUAAACAACCGUAACAAUAUGCAUAACGAGAUCAAAUUGAGAAUUGCAUCAGGGAACAAGGGGUAUUAUGCAUUUGCGAAAUUGUUUAAAUCGAAACUUUUGUCCAGGAAGUCAAAAGAAUAUUUAUAUUCCAGCUUUUUACGACCGGUCUUGACGUAUGGUUGUGAAACCUGGUCGGUAACUAAAGAAGAUGAAGAGAAGUUAAACAUAUUUGAAAGAAAAGUACUACGUCGAAUCUAUGGCCCUGUAAUUGAGAAUGGCGAAUAUAGAAGAAGAACUAACCAAGAAAUGUACCAAAUGUUCAAUAAACCCAUUAUAAGUUCGUAUCUAAAAAGUAAAAGGUUAGAAUGGGUGGGCCAUAUUUGGAGAUCGGAAGGUAUUGUAAAAAAUCUUUUCACUGGAAGACUAAACGGUAAAAGACCUAGGGGUCGACCAAGACAAAGAUGGGAGGACAGAGUGAAAACGGAUCUCACGGAAAUCUCAGAAGAAUUAAUAAGGAUUGAAGAUAGUGAAGACAGAUAUAGGUGGAAAGAUAUGGUUGAGGCAGCGAUGGUCCUAAAUGGACUGUAAAAAUUUGAAGAACUAUGAGAAGAACUUAUGCAUUAUAUCAAAUACCUCAGGAAAAAUAAC